GAAACUUUAUCCAUAUUAUUAACCUCACAGUUGAUAUAAAUUUCAGAGAAGUAUUUGAACAACUUCCCAAAAACACCAACAUAAGACUCAAUCAACCUUGUUCAUAUUUGACAAAACUUCCACCAAGCCUUUUCUACCUCAAACACCGCCAACAUUUUUGUACCCAUUUCCCCAUCUACUUUUUUUUUUUUUUUUUUUUUUUUUCCUUUUAUCUUCCCGAUAGACUCCUUCUCUUUAAUUUCUCUCCCUCCACUGCACACACCUCUUGGAAGCCAUUGUUAUACAUCAGCCAAGCUCCAACCUCUGUUUUCUCUUUCAAAACACAGAUUCCAACAAAUGGGGGACAAAUACAAUCGCUUCAACCCACAAAAUGUUACCCACAAACACAUCUUCUUGCCGAUGCUCUGUUCUAAACCGGCGAUUAAAGACGGCCGCCCACCCAGAUGCGAUCGGGACCGUUUCGACUCCUCUUCUGCUGACCCUUUAUCGCCGAGAAUCGGAUGUAUGGGUCAAGUUAAGCGGAAUAACAGAGUUGCGGGUCUUCCGAUUUCUCACAGGAUUUUGAUUACGACCAAAAAUGCGGUUUUUAGUAAAAAUGGUAACAACCCCAAUGUUGGUUACUUCAAGUUGAAGAAGUUUUUCUCCAGCAAAAACCUCUUGGGUUCCCCCUCCACCACCAGAACCGGCACCGUCUCCACCAGGUCCACCACCGCCGUAUCGAUAUCCACGGCGGGUGUCAACGGUUGUGGGAGUAGAAGAAGAUUGGCCCCAAAUUCUGGAAUUACGGGCAAGAAGAGUGUUUCUGAAAAUGGGAAUUGUGGUCCACUGAACGUAAUGGAUUUGGAUCCUCCGUUGCCGGUGGUCCGGCGAGUGCAGAAAGCCGGUGAAGAAAGUGGGGAAACGGAGAAUCUUUGGAAGAGGAGAUCAGGUGGGAUUGUAUUACGGAGUUUAGAGAUUCAACAAACCCAUCUUCCAAAGCAUCGGCUUCAGAUUACGACUGUAUGAUGAGAAAAUUUGGAAGUGGGUGUUCAUAGAUUUAAUGGAGAGUAUAUGUAAAUGAUCUGUUCU